CACACACACUGCUGGAAAUCCUCCAUCGUCAGCAGGUUUACUUCACCUCACCUGACUUGCAAGCCUUGUCCCAAACCAAUGGAACUCUUGUAUCACUGUGAGGACUGAAUCCACAUGUAGGCCUAUGAACAUAUAGAUGUAGUUGAAUAGCAUCUUUCAUGAGUUUAUAGGGUUGAUUCAUGUUCCUCCCUAAAAACAAUGAAGAAGCUGUUUUAUUGGGUAAAUUCUGUAGUAAUAUACUAACACCCUGUUAGCCAGUGUGUGUCCUCCGCCUCUGACACCCCUCCCAGUUGCAGAGAGUCCCCCCUCGUCACAGUCCAACGCCGAGGCCAACUCAGUGGGCCCCUUAUCGCGCCCACCAGUCAUCAUGAUCACCGCUCCGUCGCAAGAGGACAUCCAUGCCUCAGCAUCUACCGUGACCAUAGCUGAAGCUGCCAAGGAGCGGAAGCCGUCCACCACACCUUUUGUGGUGGGGAAGAACCAGAACAGUAACUAGACAUGUCGUGCCACAGAAGAAGGACCCAAGGAUUUCACAAAUACUUUGUCGCCAUACGGAACUCGACUGUGCAAACUCCGGGAUAGCUCUUAGUUGUCCUAUCGGUGACAAAACACAAUGGCGGUGCCCAUCCAGUUAACCGAGCUGCAGCUGGACGUUACUCUGGUCUUUUGAGGCUUGAAAACGAGCUUAAUUUGAAGAAUGGACGCCGUAGGAGACGACGAACCGGACCCCAUAAAGCUCAAGUCUAUCAAAAACAAUAAAACAUUCACAGUGCCUCAAAGUGAUAGGUUUGGGAGCUGCAGAAGUGUUAGAGAGUUCGAGAAAUUCAACCGCAUAGGAGAGGGAACUUACGGCAUAGUGUACCGAGCCAGAGACACCAAGUCAGAUGAGAUUGUAGCGUUGAAGAAGGUCCGAAUGGACAAAGAGAAAGAUGGGAUCCCCAUCAGUAGCCUCAGAGAGAUUACCCUGUUGCUGAGGCUGAGACACCCCAACAUAGUGGAGCUGAAAGAAGUGGUCGUCGGCAGUAACCUUGAGAGUCUGUUUCUGGUGAUGAGCUACUGUGAACAGGAUCUGGCCAGUCUGCUGGAAAACAUGCAGACGCCGUUCUCUGAAGCUCAGGUGAAGUGUAUCGUCCUUCAGUUGCUCAGAGGCCUGGAGUAUCUCCACCACAACUUCAUCAUACACAGGGACCUGAAGGUGUCUAAUCUGCUGAUGACAGACAACGGCUGCGUUAAAAUUGCUGAUUUUGGGUUGGCCAGAAUGUACGGCAUUCCCCAGCAGCCCAUGACGCCCAGAGUGGUCACACUGUGGUACAGAGCUCCAGAGAUCCUCCUAGGGACCAAGACCCAGACUACAGCGCUGGACAUGUGGGCUGUCGGCUGCAUCCUGGCUGAGCUGCUGGCUCACAAACCUCUGCUGCCUGGAACCUCUGAGAUCCAGCAGGUGGACCUGAUAGUUCAGCUGCUGGGAACACCCAAUGAAAACAUCUGGCCGGGUUUCUCUCAGCUGCCCCUCAUCAGUCAGUACAGUCUGAGGAAGCAGCCAUACAACAACCUGAAGAAUAAAUUCACCUGGCUGUCUGAGGCUGGACACAGACUGCUCAACCUGCUCUUCAUGUACAACCCACAGCGCAGAGCUACCGCCAAAGAUUGCUUGGAUAGUUCCUACUUCAAAGAGAAACCUCUACCCUGUGAACCAGACCUGAUGCCAACGUUCCCUCACCAUCGCAACAAGCGAGCCGCUCAUUCGGCAGACAGCCACCCGAAACGGAUCAAAGUGUGACAAAGAUGGCAACGAUGAGGCUCGAGACGACCCCCGUGGUGGUGGCGGCGACGACAUUCUCGGGAAUGAAUGUUGGUUUCUAAUCAGGAGGACGUGUUACCCUAGGAUGUUGAGCAAAUGCGAACUAGUUCAAUUAGCAUCCAUUUCAACACAGCUAAAGCCAACAAACUCAAAGAUCAUGUAAAAAUGGCUGUUAGCGCACAUUCUCUAGUGCAGAUCCAGUUGUUUGCAGCACUGUUGCAGUGUUUACAGGUUUUCAGACUUCCUAAUAUUCGUAUUGAGGACAAAGUUGCCUUGUCAAAUAUGCUGAGGCGUUUUGUCCUUUUGUGUCGUAUUUUAGAUGUUCUAUAAGAACCGUCUCUGCUAUUCUGUGAUCAGUUUGGAUUCCUAACAUCAAAACGAUGAUAAAUGUAAAAGUAAAAGUAAGUAAGAGUAGAAACUGAACCAACUUACUUGAACUCAGCCCACAGUUCCAUUGGGUCUGUGUGAUGGCCUCUCUUAAGAGUUUUUUUUAAACCGCAUUGGUGAAAAUUUUGUCUUUACAACUCAAAGAAAACCAGAGUUUGGCAAAUGGAAGCCUUGUUAAGAUCGUAGGUUUGGUAUUCGCAGCCAUAAGCGUGUGUGUACGACCAGCUGUGUGCCCUGUCAAAGUGUCCUUGAGGUGAAAUGCUGAACCCCUGAACUUGCUAGCUUAUUGUUAGUUAAUUUAGGAAAAGUUAGACUUUUUUUUUGAAAUAUGCUUAUUUGCUUUUUUUGGAGUUACAUGAGAAGAUUCAGGGUUCUCACCCUUUUCUAGAGAUCAUUUUCCGGGACACUUGUCACUGACUCUUUAUCAGUUUAUCACAACAUACUUUAGCCCCUUUACUAGUCAUAAUAUGAGUCUUUAAGAAGACUAUUCACUGCGAGCUACUGCUACAAAAUUUAAACAUCUCAUGCCAUUUUAUGGUCGUAUUCACCUUCACAAUGCAGCAUUGUAUUUAUAGAGACAAUGCUGGCACAGUAAAAAAAAAGUACCAUUAGCCAGUAUUUAGCUGGUGUUUUGGGCUCACAUUCAUUUUUCCCAUUCAUCAUUAUCCAACUCUCUCAUCACAUUUGUAACAAUUGCUCCUAUUUAAGUUGAAUCAUAAACCUUAAACCUUUGCUGGCAAAACAAGCAAGCAAGCAUAUCAACUUUUAGCAAAUUAACCUAACAAUGCUAUCGUGAAGAGACUUGUUUCUACCAAAAUACUCUUGAGCCAUAAACUACCAUUAGAACGUUAACAUGAUCCUGAACAUCAUUUUUACUCUUUCAGAUAAUGUUAUCUGUUUUGGGGAGCUCUGUUAGUUAGCUUAAAGCUAUUUAUCUCCUAAAGGACAGUAGGAGAAUGUUGAAAUCAUUUUCCAGGACAACACAAGAUUUUCCAGGACAUUUGACUUUUUACUCUUAUUUUUCAGGAAUUUUCAAUGACUGAAAAAAAAAAUGUGUUAACUGUUUUCUGGGAAGUGGGGUAACCCUGUUGAUACCUCUCAGAUAUUAGCAAGCUAAACAUGUAGCUGAAGCUGGUUUCAUUAGCUUUCUACAUAAUGUACAGACAUGAGUUGUUUCAAUCUUCUCAUCUAACUCUAGGCAAAAAGAAAAGUGAAUGUUCUCAAAAUGUCAAAGUAUUCCUUUAACAGCCUGAGCUUCAAUGCCUAUAACGUACUGUAGCUGAACAUUAGUGUAAACCACGGAGUCGUUACCCGUUACAAUGGCAGUGAUUUGGACUGAUACUAAGUGUGUGUGAUAAAAUGAAAGUGUAGAGCCUCUAAAUAUGUAAUAAACAUGUACAACCAAAAACUGUGCCUUUCUUUUCA